UCUCGUCUGAUUAUUCAAGGCAUUUUCAGCAUAUACGUCAUUUUAUUUAUUUCAUCUCUCACGUCAUUUGUUCAUCUCUUUUAGUAAAAAGUCAUUGGUAAACAAAAUUGAUUGACAAAAUGAACAACUCUUCCGAUCAUAUCUGGAAGCCAAAACGGAAACAAGACGCCACAGAAGUCCAAACCAAACAUGAAACUGUAAGGCGGAAAACGAUGUCGAUUUUGAAUAGACUGACUCCUGAGAACUUUUUUUCUCUCAGCCAAGAAAUGACUUCUCUCGACAUUGACUCUGACGAUUUACUCGAUGAUGUGAUAGAGAUUUGGCAUUCUAAGGCUUGUACGGAGCCACACUACGCAGAGAUGUAUGCUACACUUUUUUCUCAGCACUUCUCAAACGGAAGUUCACAUGAUCCAAAUUCGGUCCUUGCUAGGAAGUCCAUGUUGAACAGGUGUCAGAAUGAGUUCAACAAAGAGAUGGUGUCUGAAGUAGAGCAGGAGGCCUUGAAACUCCUCAUAAAGAGCAACCAGACUUGUAAAAACAAGAAGCACGAAGCUCAUCACUGUUUAGAUGAUAUUCGAAGGUCAAAGCAGAAGUAUCUUGGAAAUAUUUGCUUCAUCGGAGAGCUAUUCAAACUGGAUUUGCUGACACCAAAAAUUAUGCACAGUAUCAUUGAAACACUGCUGAACACUCAUGACGAGUUUUCAUUUGAGUGUGCUAGCCGGUUGCUCUCAAUCGUGGGACACAAAUUGGACCAUGAUCUGACUUCUUUACUUAUGGACCAAUAUUUUCACAGGGUGUUGGAAAUAAUGUUUCUGGACACAACUUCUAAACGGAUUCGAUUCAUGCUGCAAGACGUCAUUGAACUCCGACAGAACGAUUGGGAACCAAGAAGGCUCACUGGACCCAAAACGAUAGAAGAAGUCCACUACGAGGCUCAACUAGAGGACUUCUACUUGAGAGAACGUGCUGAAAAUCUCGGAUAUCAUUUUUGAAUUCAUAAUUUUUUUAAUAUUAAACAAAAAAUUUUAUUUGAAAAACUUUUAUUCGCGGAAAAUUCAAAUCUUAUCUUUUCUGGUA